AUGGCAAUGGAUACUUACUCAACUCUGCAUCGGCUCCUCAAACGAUACAGGAAUUAUCGAGAUGGAGCUCACGACCUCUUGGAGUGUUUGGAGACGCAAGAAAUCAUCUUCAGUAACGAGACGGUGCUACUACUGACUCCCAUCCUCGGUUCACGACAAGCACAAGAGAUGAUCCGGGAUAGUGGUCACCCAGCUUGGAAGGAUUCAGCGAUCGAUCUAGACCUUGUGCUUGGUGAAAUGAGAGAGCCACUAACAAGUGCAGCGUCCCGAGUCUGUCGAAGGAUGCGGGGCUUCCAGGAGGAAUUGAUGGGCUUGGACUCUGAGAAAUCCCAACCAUCGCCUGAAGAUAAAACAGAACCUCGAAAGUCAUUACGUCGACGUUUCAGGUAUGCUUUCUCGGAGAAGAACUUAUCGGAUCUUGCAAAUUCUAUCCGAAAGGCGACCAAAGACUAUCGUAUCUUGCGAGCUCAAUUUCAAGAUCUGACGCACAGUAGACCAAACAAGAGGGUUGACAGCGAGAAACGAUCAGCUGAGCAGUCAAAGCGGGUGGAGAUGACACGAGCCGCCGCAAAUCAAAUGUACAAGGCUCUGUCUAAAGCCUGCACAAUACACGUCCAGCAUGAGGCGCACGUCAGCCUCAAACCCACGUACGGAUCUUCCGAAAGAGCUCAAGAUAUAAAAUUCAAGCUGGCUUUCCGGCAAACACAGCAUACGAACACCAGUAGCUUAGAUGAAACCUUGUGGUUCGUUGUUGAGACCCUAUUCAGUAAACGCACGGAAGCACAGCUUGAGAACCAGCCACAAAUGCUGUCCAAGCGUCCAGCAUCUCCAGUACUGGGACUUCUACAGGCGACCACACACUUUUCUGCGAAGAGGGUAAGAUUCAGUCAGUCAGAUCCUGUCAUCACUACGUCUUCUUCCAAUAUCGUACCAAUCCCACUGUCUCCUCCGCAUCUCCCUAACUUAACACUGAAUCAUAACUUUUGUACACACCUGAGAAGUAGUUGCGAUCCCAAAACAUGUCAAGACGGACUCUGCAUCGGUCUGUUAGAAGACUCGGAAGAAUGGAGACUUCCAGUCUACUCUACUAGAGGGCCUGCAUCAUGCCACAAACAAGGUCUCAACAAGCUAUCAGCCAUGCUCAUCUCCAAUGAGGGACAGUGUUCAAAGCUUGGUCGGAUUCCGAUCGUCCAGCGAUUGCAGUACGCGAAACUUCUUUCUCAAGCGACCCUUAAUUACUUUGCAACACCUUGGAUGCAAUCGCCAUGGAGCAGUAAGGACAUCAUCGUCUAUGACACAGCAACUUUCAGCGCAGUAUCACCCGAACACAUCCAAGAAGCCGAGCUAUUUGUCAACUUUUUUGUGCGUGAUCUAACAUCCGACAACCCCGAUCAUUGCAGCAAAUUCGACCCCCCUUUCAUCCACAAUGCCACCCUUUUCAACCUCGGUGUCGUACUCCUGGAACUCGCGCACGAAUGUCCUAUUCAAGAAAUGGGCAUCGAAAGCGACAACGUCCCCGGCUUACCUCCCGCCAUGGCUGAUUAUUUUGCAGCCUUUCGGCAGACCAAGGAAGUGACCAGCUGCCUGGGACCUAAAUUCUCAGACAUCGUGCGUAAAUGUCUUCAUUGCGAUUUUGGCCAGGGAUGGGAUUUGCAGAAUCCGAGUCUGCAGGAUGCGGUCCAUCGAGAGGUUGUGUCGGAGCUUGAUAGACUGGAGAUGGGGCUUCGAGGGCUCGGUAUUGGUUGA